GAUGGUCAAUCUCGACGUCUUAUUGCUAACGUGACCAUCACCUCGUAACAGAGAAGAGAAUCGCUUCGAUCUUUCGAUAGAAGAGAAAGAAGUGAAAGAAAAAGAAGAAAGUAAAAAAGGAGAUAAAAUCGAAGAAAAUGGUGCAAGUAACUGGAAGAUAUCAAUACGUCUCCGGAGAAAAUUUCGAGGAAUAUCUCCAAGCAAUUGGACAAUAUGAAACGGCGAAACCUUUUUUGAACGCUCAACCGAUCAUCGAAAUCUCUCAGAAUGGAGAUCAAUGGGUUGUCACUAUUGAGAGCAAUGGUAAAACUGCUGUGACAACUUUCAAAUUAGGAGAAGAAUACGAUGAAAACAUGCCAUCUUUUAGUGGUACUCUCAAGAGUUUUACUACUAAAGAAGGUGAUGGAUUUGUGACUGAAACUAAAUUGGCUUCAGGAGUGAAAAGUAUUCGAAAUUAUAAAUUUACGGAUACCCACAUGACCGUUCAUUUAACGGAGAGUAAAUCAGGAGUGAAAGCAACGCGUACAUAUAAAAGACUUUAAAAUGUGUUAUUUUAACAGUCUAGUUUGAAUGAAACAUAAAAUAACUUUUUAUUAACAUAAUUAAUAAAUAAAAUUACUUCGUACAACUUUUA